GGGAGAGAGAGGGGGUGUGUGAGAGGAAAAAGAUGCUGAAUCCUGGUUGGCUGGGGAGCAGAGGCUGACUCAGUGGAUCUGGAUGAGCAGCGUGUGACAGAUGCAAUUCUCAUCCCAGUCCUCGCUAUCUGAAAAGGGGUUUGUUCUCCAUUAGCCCCAUUCAUUGGACCAGCAACAAACGCACUAUAACACCAUGCUUCCCUUCGCCAGACCCAGCACAGCUCUCUCACUAGCGCAUAUCACUUCCGCACUGAGGAGACUCAGCCCAGACACACUUCAUCCCAGCGCAGAGAGCCGAGACUGAGAGAGAGGAAACAACGUGUGAGCAGCUCUUUCUUACCAUUCGUUUCUCUUGCUGCUGCUGCACAGACGAGAGUGUGAUAACACAUUGCUGGAGGCUACUAAAAGAAGAGAGAAAAACCCAAAGUGACUGUAACAGACUGAGCAGAAAUGAUGCUCACUGAUGUUUGAGGAUCCAAAAGGAUGAGGGAACAUGCUCGCUCUAUUCCAGACUGAAGGAUAGUGAGCUCAUGUCUUUCUUCUAGACUGAGACAUAGAGUAAGCAAACAAAAGAAAAGGCUUGUUGUGUGGACUUGUUUUGCUGUCUCUUGUCUGGACUCUGUGUGCAUGCUUCUUCCCGUGCUUCUGUGCACUCCAUGCAUGGAAGCUUGGAAGCUUCGGGUCCCCCAUGGCGUGUUACUACAUUGUCAUCAGCUCCACGCACCUCAGCAAUGGACACUUUCGAAACAUCAAGGGAGUUUUCCGAGGUCCCCUCUGCAAGAACGGCAACAAAAACUUGGAUUAUGCUGAGAAGGAGAAAACCUUGGCAAAAACCCUGGAGGACCUCAAGGCCAACUUCUACUGUCAGUUGUGUGACAAGCAGUACUACAAGCAUCAAGCAUUUGACAACCAUAUCAACUCAUAUGACCACGCUCACAAACAGAGGCUGAAGGAACUGAAGCAGAGAGAGUUUUCCCGCAACGUGGCCUCCAAAUCCAGGAAGGAUGAGAGGAAACAGGAGAGAGCUCUCAGACGCCUACAUGAGCUCGCUGAACAGCGCAAAGAGGUGCAAUGUGCUCCAGGGAGUGGUCCUAUGUUCAAAUCUACCACGGUGGCAGUAGAAGGAACUUUCAGAGAGUCCUGUUGUGAUGAUACCCAAGAAGAGAACCAAAGCUUUGCGGCUCAGGACUCAGGGGCUCAGAUCCAUUCCAGCAGCUGUGGCUUAGCUAGUAAGCAGUCGCAGUGGCCGUACAAUGGGAAGGCCAAAAAACAAACUUUUAGACGCAAAAUUGCAUUCUCUUUUUCCUUUCCAAAGAAAGCAUCUGUUAAGCUUGAGUCAUCAGCUGCAGUUUUUUGUGAGAGCACAGAGGAGGGAUCGAUGGAGCGAAGAUGCAGACAAAGACUCCAAGUACCUCCUGUCGAGCUUGACCUCCCAGGCUCCCCCACAGUGGAAAAAGUACUAAAUUGUGAGGAGGCAUUUUACCACACUGGCCACAAUCUUUUUCAAAAAAGUGGCAGCCCAUCAAGUCAGGGGUCAUCAGAUAAGACUAUGGGGAGGGAGAGCCCCUCAUCAAUUGCCUCAGAUAUGUGUGCUUUGCUUGUUUACUCAGAGGAUGUGCCCCAUCCCUCCGUCUCCCUCGUAACUACUUCCCCUUUUCAUUUAAACAGUGCUGAUAUUGUUCUUGACUCUGAGGACUCUGUUGAGAGCCUGAAAAGCUGCACUGCUGAAAGUAAAACAGAGACCUCUGAGGUGACAGUAGAAGAGAGCAGCACUACUGAGGAGGGGAACUCAACCAUUAAUGAUCCUCCUGUAAGUUUCUCAGAUGUGUCACAUAAGAAUGAUUCUUCUCCAAGACAAAUCCAAGUGGAGGAUUCAACUGCAAAUAAAUCUUCCCAUUUCACAAAGCCCAGCCAGCCUUUUUUCUCUGUUCUAAGUAGGGAUGGUAACACAAUAUUCCAGUGGCCCUCUGAGAUGGUGACCUUCACAAGGACAGAGCCAUCCUUGUCUUUUAGUUGCAACCCCCUCCAUUUUGACUUCAAGAGGUCACGGAUUAUUCGGCCUGCUGACACUGAGGAGAUGGCUGAGCCCAAAACUGAUGAGGAAUUAUCUGUCUGCUCAGGUUUCAAAUCCUGCCACUCUGAUAAGCACAUGGAAGAAUCCACAGCCAGCCCCAGAAACAGUCCCAGCCAAGCACCUGAAGACAAAGUCAGAAAGUGUUAUCAGUAUUCAAGUGACACAGAGAGUUGUGUCAGGCUAAAAACACAAAACAGGUGUCGACAUUACAAAGAUUGGAUCCAUGCAAGUAAGAGAACGGAAGACAAGCUGUGGGCCAGAGAACGACAUCAUUACAGGAGCCAUGUCAAAAGGAAACGAAGGAGGCAGAAGAGUAGGAGAGAGAGACACUGGGAGAAAGAGAGCAAUGUGGUGAAAUGUAAGAAAUUACACAGACGACCUGAGAGUGUGGAAGGACUUGAUAGCCAAUUUAGAAGCAUCACUUCACAGCAAGUACAGCCAUUAGAGAAGUCAAAGCAGGCAGCUCAAAAUCAGGAUGAGAACAGCAGCAUAGCUCCCAUAGUUGAGGAAGGGGUGGGAGGCACGAGGCAGGAGGCACCAUCCAAUGUAAACAGCUCAGCGGGCUGCAUCAUUCUCUCUGAUGAGUUCUGUGCUGAUGGUGAAAAGGUGCUUGGGAACAGUGGGAAAAAGCCUGACAAUCCAACUCCAGGGGAACUAACGAUCACAAGACAGUGUUCCCACAGCCAGGACACAUCUCUCUUUCUGAGUUCCAGCACAGUCCUGGGGUGCCCAGAGGAGAUGCCUCCAUCAGCUGAGAUUGACAGAGAUGGACUUUGUAAAGGACAUAUUUUGAAAAGGCCACAUCAAGAUUCUCCAAGCAAUGGAGAUGAGCCCAGACCAGACGAUUCUUGUGGCCUCUGCCGAUCAUCAGCUGAAGUUUCUGAUGAAUGUUCACUAAAAGAAAAUACCUCUUUACAAGCAGAACUGACCUGUUGUGAGCAUGGGAUUGGGAGAAAAAGACAGAAACAGACACAUGUACAAGAUAAAACAUUAUGCCUCGCAAAUGAAUGCCUAGUUGUUAAGAACAGUGUUCUGGAGGAACAGGACAAGGAGUCGAGCAUGAAAUGCCCUUUGUUAAAAGGCAUGUGUGACAGUUUGAAUGGGGCAGACCAAAUUCCAUGCAGUAUUGAUGAUGGAGAGAGCAGUGCGGUUGAUUCUCAGACAGUUACGUCCAUUAGCAGUGCCCUGGAUUAUACUGUGGAGGAUAGCAGUAAAUGGCAGCAGAGCUCCACCUUUCAGAUCAAUGCUUCAUGCACCAAGGGCAGUCUAGCUCUGUUGGAGGCUAAUUCAAAGCUCUCAAAGGAGCUAACAAAGGAGAACAGUAACAUCCACUGUAGAGAGUCUAAAGCAGUACAAACCCCUGUAAAUAACUAUAACAAGUAUUCAGUGGCAGCUCAGGCCUGCCUGCUUGAUGUGAGAGAGAUUUCCCUGCAGAGGACUGAAAAAGCCACUCAUGAUAAAUCAUGUCAGCACAGCCUUCAAACCCUAAUGCAAAGGUUUCACCUAGGUGUUCAGGCUGAGGAGAAGUUGAGCAGGGAGUGCUUCCACACCACUAGCAGCCUCUUCCAACCUCCUCAUUCAUUCCAGCCUCCCUCAGAUGGCAUGGAGAGACACUGCCUCCUGCAGAUCCAAAGCCAAGGACAGGUGCUGCACCAGCAGGUGUACCCCACCAAGCUCAAAUCUGUCCUGUCCAGGCCACAUCUUCCUAUGUCAUCUGCUGUCCUCCAUCCAGUUCACCUGCCAUCCUCCGUGCCUUCUGGCUCCAUCACAAUACGUCACACCAUUCUACAGAACCAUGCCACUUUCCUUCCCCCACAACCAUGUUUAUACCCCCAGGUAGUGCCUGUUUCUCGACUUCCCAUGGGGCCAGAGAUCUGUCCACCAACUGCUCCUCCAUUCGUGACCCCUCCACAGGUGCCAGUUGUACCGGCACCCCCAAGUAUUCACCCUAUGACUUUGACGUUUCACGCCCUGCCCCGACCUGCAGUGUUUCAGCCCAUGUUGCCCCCUCAUCUUGCUGUCAUGCCCUUGCAGCCUCUCUUCUAGUUCUACUGUUAUUUCUGUAUGUAACAAAACAUAUUUUUAUUGCAGUAGUGAGAAAAACAUCUGCAGCAAUGCUCCCUUUGGUAGAAUGAUAAAUGGGAAAGACUGUCCCUGGGUGGCAUACAAAAGAGUUGUCUUUGCAGUUUGGAAAGAUUGCUGUUUCUGUACCAUUUUUGUCAGUAGAGAUUCUUGCAGAGAACAACUCCACAACACUCUUAUUAAGAGGUGUAUAACCCACCUACCUGAUUUAUUAGAAAUUGUUGAUCAGAGGAAUUGUUGAUUUUAACAGAUUUGUAUCACCACAAAGAUGAUAGUUUAUCAGCUCAUGCACAGCAUGAUCAUUUAAAUAUACAAUUUAGGCGCAUAACUUUGUAAAAAUAAUGAUUAAAAUUGUGUAACUACAUAAAUAUGUAGCUUUAGUAUAUAUACACUUAGAGAUAAUAACAAGAUAAUGUAAUAAUAAUAGUUAGCCCUGUGAUGGACUGGCCACCUGUUCAGGGUGUUUCUCUGCCUUUGGCCAAGGUAGCUCCAGCACCCCCUGUGACCCAACUUAGGAUAAGCAGGUAUAGAAAAUGGAUGGAUGGAUGUAAUAAUAAUACCAUAAAUAUAGUAUAUAUGAUGAUUGCUAUUGACUUGCAAUCUGUAGUGAUAUGAAUACAGGAUACAGGAUGUCCUAAUGGGCCAAACAGUGAUGUUAAAUGCAGUUUACAGAGUUCUAUAGUAAGCCUGCAGAUAAUUAAUGUAACAGAUUUUUUAAUCAUUUAUCAUAUGUGUCAGCAUUUAAAAUAAAUCACACUGGUACUAGUGUUCGAAAGUAAUUUCUUUAUAUAAAAAAAUUGCUGCUGUGCCUGUCAAAGGCUAGUGAAAUGCAGCAGGGUAGCGCAAUGCACCAUGUGCUAUGGCAGCACAGUGUUGAACACAUACAUAGUUUUAUGCAAAUCGAAAACCCCAUAGCAUGUAAUGGGAAAGCUGAAUGUGACUGUUGAGAGCUGAGCUGAUAUGGACAUUUACAGUAUAUUUCUUAUUUUGCUAAUUACCGACAGUGUUAACAUCAGAGCAGUAAAUAAACAAACACACAGACAAUAGUUAAGUUCAGAUUACAGAAUGUGUUAUGUGUGGUUUCAUAUGAACUUCAAACUGUAGAUCUUACAUGCUGUUAUCUAAAAUAUUUCAAAAGAAGCACAAACAUUACCAAGUGCUAAUCCACAUGUGAGUGUUUCCUGUAUCCCUUGUAUUGUAACCUGCUUGGAUUAGGUGAACAUAGGCUAGAUCUAUUUCUGAAAAUGUCAGUACUUGCUUUAGUACCCUGUCCUGUAGCAUUUAUUUAGGGAAUUGUAUUUUUCCUUAUAUAGACCUAUUUUUUAUGCUUUCUGUAUAUCUGAAUGGUUUACAUGCCCAAGAAUGGCCAAAUGAUUUAAGUAAAAAAAAUAAAAAUAAAAUUAAAAAAAAAAAAAAAAAAAACUUAAAGAACAUAAACAUAUACAUUCUUGUAAACUUGAAUACAAUGAAGACAAUUCCUCAUCUCAGUUUGUUGAAAUUUUUGGAUUUCUGAUUUUGUACCAGAAAUAACAUUACAAGCCUUGGCAGUAAAAUGCUAGUAAUGUGAUUAAUUGCAACAAAUAUUUAAAAUAGUUUUGUUAGCGAGGGAUUACAUUUCUUCAGCUUGCACCAGAUGAAAGAGUCUAAACUCAAGAGAAGGAUUCAUUUACUUAUUUAAAAUACUAACUACUAAGAUAGUUGAAUGGAAAAGCUAGCUCGUUUGAGAAGACCAGAGCAAAUUUUCUGUGUCUUUGAGUUUUCAGAACCCUUUCAUUUCAAUGGAGACGUGUUGAACUGGAAUUAAUGACUUAGCUAAUGACUUAGCUUUAUUCUUGAUUUUGCAGAUAGCCAUAUGGAAAGUAGCCUGUACAAAAUUAAUUCUUGGUAAUUAUGCUCAGCCAUAUGGUUUUUUUUAUUUUUUAUUAUUAUUAUUUGUUUUGUUUUUUUAUUGUGUUUAUUUAAUUUUAUGAGAUAUGAAUUUCUUUCUUUUUUUAAAUACCAUACAACUCAACUAGGUAUUGCAACACUGUUAGUGAGCAAAACUCAGAAAUAACUAAAUAUAAUAAAUAAUACAUUCAUUUACAAACAGGUAACAAUUACUCUAUUCAAUGCCUAGUGACUAACCUGCACAUUUAUUUAUUUAUUUAUUUGAGAAAAAUCUACUGAUUCAAAUGAAGUAAAUACUGUAGAUUGUAUUAGAAAAGUCCCAGUGGAGGAAUUUGCUUGAAGCAAAACUGGCUGAUCUUUGUGCAGUCUUUUCUUUAUUUGUCUUAAGAUCUCAUGUAAUUUCUUUAUGUAAUAAUAUAUAUACUUGAUAUUUUAAUGCUGUUUUUGUAACAUGUUCCACAAAGCCCUUAAUACCACCCAAUUGCCCCCUCUUAAUUCAUGUCAAUUCUGGAAUUCUAAGCUCAUAGGAAAUUGUGUAAAUGCACAAAGCUACUUUUACCUGCAGUUGAUUAAACUUGCUUUGAAAAACUGUAUAUGCUGUAAAUCAGUACUAUUUAUAAAUCAUGUAAUAUGUAAUGUACAUGUACAUAUGUUUUAUGUUUUUAUUGUGCAAGGUACCCUGUAUGUAUGAAUUAUUUAGAUAAGAUAAAACCACUAUGUUUUUUACGCCUCUUUGCCAACUGAAUGAUGCUGAAUUAAUAUGUAAUAAAAAUAAAUAAAUAAAAAACA